AUCCAGACCAACCAAAAUGAAAAAAUAUCACAACGUCGGACUCGUCUUUCCCCUUUCCUUUUCUUUCCCUCUGCAUCCGCUCCACUCCAGAAUCAGAUCGAUCCACCAUGUUCCCUCCUCCACAACCCCCGAUCCAGCUCCAGACAUGACCCGCGCUCCCGAUGGCGCCCCGCGGCCGCAUCCUCCUCCUGCCGCUCGCCGCGGCCACCGUCCUCGUCGCCUCCACCAUCUUCCUCUUCGCCGCCGCCGGCGCGCGCUGGCGACCCGCCGACACCGGCCUCCCCGUCCCCACCGCCACCGCCACUUCCUUCUCGACUGCCGUCGCCGUGACUGUGGGUUCGUCCUCCAACACCAGCGGCGGCAAAGACCUAUCCUUUCUUGACGAGAACGGCCGCCCCGACGACCCCGGCUCUGGCUCUGGCUCCACCUCGGCCGCUGGGAGAUGCGACCCCCGCGACGCCGCCAUCAGGGUCUUCAUGUACGACAUGCCGCCCGAGUUCCACUUCGGCCUCCUUGGCUGGGCGCCGCCUGUUGGAGCCGGGGACGUCUGGCCAGACGUCAGGAACGGCGCUGCGCCGCCGCGCUACCCCGGGGGGCUCAACCAGCAGCACAGCGUCGAGUACUGGCUGACGCUGGACCUCCUGUCCUCUUCCUCGGCUCCCUGCGGAGCCGCCGUGCGGGUCGCCGACUCCCGCGACGCCGACGUGGUCUUCGUCCCCUUCUUCGCGUCCCUAAGCUACAACCGCCACUCCAGGGCCGUGCCGCCGGAGAAGGUCAGCAGGGACAAGGCGCUGCAGGAGAAGCUCGUCAGGUACCUCAUGGCGCAGCCGGAGUGGAAGAGGUCGGGUGGCUCCGACCACGUGAUCGUCGCACACCACCCGAACAGCUUGCUGCAAGCCCGGGCGGCGCUGUUCCCGUCGGUGUUUGUGCUGUCCGACUUCGGGAGGUACCACCCCGGAGUGGCCAGCUUGGAGAAGGAUAUCAUUGCGCCCUACAAGCACAUGGCGAAGACGUUUGUGAAUGAUUCGGCCGGAUUUGAUGACCGGCCAACAUUGUUAUACUUCCGCGGAGCCAUUUACAGGAAGGAGGGAGGGAGCAUUCGGCAGGAGCUAUAUUAUAUGCUCAAAGACAAAAAGGAUGUUUAUUUUUCCUUUGGAAGCGUCCAGGACCAUGGGGCCAGCAAAGCCAGCCAGGGAAUGCGCUCAUCAAAAUUUUGCCUAAACAUUGCUGGGGACACCCCUUCUUCCAAUCGCUUGUUUGAUGCGAUAGUAAGCCACUGUGUCCCUGUUAUCAUCAGUGAUGACAUUGAGCUACCUUAUGAGGACGUAUUAGAUUAUUCGAAGUUCUCCAUCUUUGUUCGUUCGUCCGAUGCUGUUAAACAGGGUUACUUGAUGAGUCUGAUUAGAGGUGUAAGCAAGCAAAAAUGGACAAGGAUGUGGAAGAGGCUCAAAGAAGUGGAUAAGCACUUCGAGUAUCAAUAUCCAUCCCAGGAGGAUGAUGCAGUCCAGAUGAUCUGGCAGGCAUUGGCUAGAAGGGUGCCGGCAAUCCGGCUGAAGGUGCAUAGAUCUAGUAGAUUUUCAAGAUCUGACAGGGGAGGAAAAUAAACAGAAAGGGGUGUAUCUGUUGGCUAAUCUAGCACAGUACUUCACUGACAGGCUCUCAGUUCUUCUCGGUUCCACAAAAACAGAUAGAUUGGAACAAAAGGAAUGGUAUAAGACUAUAAGCUAACAUCAUUCAGGUUGUCUAGUACUCCGUAGUUAUUUAGUUAUUCUAUACAAAAGCUGAAUAACUCGGGAUUUGUUGCUCCAGUUGAAGAUGUAUACUGGCAAGGCAAAGGCUUGUUGUUUUUGUAACAUAUGUUCAACAUAAUUAUGAGAAGGGAAGGGAACGCAGUUUUGCUGUUUCGGAA